UGAAGGAUGUGCAUUCAAACAGGAAGUGUUUACAUUCCGCUAGCCUUCAGCAGCUAGUUCAAAGCGAGUUAAUAUCAUAGCCAUUUCUGGCUGCUUUUUUCUCCGUGUUUCUCCCAGUCUUAAUCAGACUACAAAGACAUUAGCUGGACAAGCUUGUUGCAUAAACACAUUGUUCAUGGACUUGGCGAAACCUUUAUUUUCUCCGCUAAUUCUGUUUGCUUGACAUGGCUGCUAACCCUCCCGGGCCAGGCUUUCAGAACAAGACAAGGGUGGCCAUCCUGGCGGAGUUGGAUAAGGAGAAGAGGCGCCUGAUGCAGGGCCAGUCCAUGAACAGCCCCGGAGCCAACAUCCCUCUGUCGUCCAGACCCAGUCUAAAGGAGGCGAGGGACAGCGCGGAGCAGCAGCACAUCGCCGCCCAGCAGAAGGCCGCUCUACAGCACGCUCACGUACACUCGUCCGGCUUCUUCAUCACUCAGGACUCCUCGUUCGGGAAUCUCAUCCUCCCGGUGCUCCCCCGGCUGGAGCCAGACUUCUGACUCUGAACCUGUGUGUCCGGGCAAAGGCUGAAACAUCCUCCAUGUCCCAUGCAUCUGCUUUUGUAUUCUUUGUCCUGUACUUACUUUAAUAUUGACGUAGACGUCCAAACAACUUUGUUUAUAGAAUAAAAAUUGAUAUUUGAACGCGA